AUGAAGCUGGAUGAAAAUGCAAAGAUGAGGCCUACAGAAGUUGUGACAGUUAUUUUGUGUGUUGCUGAGAUUCUUCCUUCCCUCUCACUGAGGUGUGUUUGCUUGGAUGACGAGGAAAGAUGGAGUCCUCAGCAGUUGUUAAAACACAGCUUCAUAAACCCUCAGCCAAAAAUGCCUUUACUGGAACAAAGUCCUGAAGAUUCUGGAGGAUAAGAUUAUGUUGAGACUGUGAUUCCUAGCAACCAGCUACCCAGCACUAAAUUCUUCAGUGAAACACAGAGACGGUUUUCACGCUAUUUCAUUGAGUUUGAAGAACUACAACUUCUUGGCAAAGGGGCCUUUGGAGCUGUCAUCAAGGUGCAGAACAAGCUAGAUGGCUGCUGCUACGCAGUGAAGUGCAUCUCCAUCAACCCUGCCAGCAGGCAGUUCCGCAGGAUGAGGGGCCUGGUGCCGCUGCUGUCACGUCUGCACCAUGAGAACAUCGUGCGCUACUACAACGCUUGGAUUGAGCGGCAGGAGUGCCCAGCGGGCCUGGGGACACCGCCUCUGGACUCGAGGCCCCAGGUCGAGGAUGGGCGAGAUGCGCUGGGGCUGCUGGCGGGCGAUGCCGACGGCACGGACAGCGUGGAGGCUGCCGCGCCGCCACUCCUCAGCAGCUUGGUGGAGUGGAGCAUGUCGUGCGAGCGCUUGGCCAGUGCCCGCUUCCCCGCCACCGGCCCUGGCUCCUGCAGCGCGGACGAGUGGCACAACGUCUUCUCGCAGUCCUUCCUACCUUCAGAUUCUGAAAGUGGCACCAUCUUUGACAAUGAAGACGAAAACAGUAAAAGUCAGCAUCAGCAGAGAGGAGAUGAAGAGGGCAGUGAAAAGAGUGGUUGCCAUGAAAGUGAGGCUGUGCAGUACCUGUGUAUCCAGAUGGAAUACUGUGCAAAGAGCACUUUAUGGGACACCAUUGACCAGGGACUGUAUCAGGACACCACCAGGCUGUGGAGGCUUUUUCCGGAGAUUCUGGAUGGAUUAGCUUAUAUCCAUGACAAAGGAAUGAUUCACUGGGAUCUGAAGCCUGUCAGCAUUGUUUUGGAUUCCGAUGACCAUGUGAAAAUAGUUGAUUUUGGUUUGGCGACAGACCAUCUAGCCUUUACUGCUGAUGGCAAACAAGAUGAUCAGGCAGGAGACCACUUGAUUAAAUUAGACCCCUGAGGUCACUUGACUGGGACGGUUGGUACUGCUUUGUACGCAUGCCCAGAGGUCCAGGGAAGCAUCAGUUCUGCAUACAACCAGCCCACAUCACCCAAGUUUCCAGAAGACUUUGCUGAUGGCAAGCAUAUGAAGCAGGAACCUGUCAUCUCCUGGCUGCUGAACCAUGACCUAGCCAAGUGGCCCACAGCCACGGAUCUGCUCAAGAGCGAGCUGCUGCCUCUGCCCCAGAUGGAGGAGUUGGAGCUGCAUGAAGUGCUGCACCAUACCCUGGCCAGCGUGGACAGGAAGGCCUGUCGCACCAUGAUGGGCCACAUCUUCUCCCAGCACACCUUCCCUGCCAUCAACUACACCUACGACAGCGACAUCCUGAAGGGUAACUUCUCAAUCCGCACAGCCAAGAUGCAGCAACGUGCGUGUGAAACCAUUAUCCUCAUCUUUAAAAGACAUGGAGCUGUUGAACUGUGUACCCCUCUACUGCUUCCUCGAAAUAAGCAAAUAUACAAGCACAACGAAGCCACCUUGUUCAUGGACCAUAGUGGGAUGCUGGUGAUGCUGCCCUUUGACCUGCGGGUUCCUUUUGCAAGAUAUGUGGCAAGAAAUAAUAUAUUGAAUUUAAAACGAUACUGUAUAGAACGUGUGUUCCGACCUCACAAAUUAGACCGGUUCCAUCCCAAAGAACUUCUGGAAUGUGCAUUCAGUAUUGUCACUUCUACCACCAACAGCUGCCUGCCCAUUGCUGAGAUCAUCUACACUAUUUAUGAAAUCAUCCAAGACUUUCCAGCACUGCAGGAAAGAAAUUACAGUAUUUACUUGAACCGUACCGCUUUACUGAAAGCCAUACUCUUACACUGUAGGAUCCCAGAAGAUAAACUCAGUCAAGUCUACAUUAUUCUAUAUGAUGUCGUGAUGGAAAAGGUGACGAGGAAAGAAGUGGAAGCUAAAUUUUGUAAUCUGUCUUUGUCUUCUAAUAGUCUCUGUCGACUCUACAAAUUUAUUGAGCAGAAGGGAGAUUUGCAAGAUCUAACACCAGCAAUAAAUUCUUUAAUAAAACAGAAAACAGGUGUUGCCCAAUUAGUGGAAUAUGGUUUAAAAGAUCUAGAAGAGGUGGUUGGACUGUUGAAGAAACUUGGCAUAAAGUUACAAGUCUUGAUAAACUUGGGCUUAGUUUACAAGGUACAGCAACACAAUGGAAUCAUCUUCCAGUUUGUAGCAUUCAUUAGACGAAGGCAAAGGGUGGUACCUGAAAUCCUCGCAACUGGAGGCAGAUAUGACCUGCUGAUUCCCUGGUUUAGAGGACCACAUGCUCUUGGGCCAGUGCCCACUGCCAUUGGUGUCAGCAUAGCUAUAGACAGGAUAUCUGCUGUUGUCCUCAACAUGGAAGUACCUGUUACAAUAAGCUCUUGUGACCUCCUGGUGGUGAGUACUGGCCAGAUGUCAAUGUCCAGGGCCAUCAACCUAACCCAGAAACUGUGGACAGCAGGAAUCACAGCAGAGAUCAUGUAUGACUGUUCACAGUCGCAGGAGGAGUUGCAAGAGUACUGCAGGCGUCGUGCAAUCACCUACAUGGCUCUCAUCUCAGAAGAAGGAAGCCAUGUCAAGGUUAAGUCUUUUGAGAAGGAAAGGCAAACAGAGAAACAUGUGCUGGAGUCCGUUCUCGUGGACCAUGUGGUGCAGAAACUGAGGACUAAAGUCAGUGAUGAAAAGAAUAUCAGAGAAGCUUCCGAUAAUCUUGCAGUGCAAAAUUGGAAGGGAUCCUUUUCUAAUGCUUCAGAUUUGUUUGAGAUCCACGGAGCAACAGUUGUUCCCAGUGUGACUGUGAUUGCGCCAGAGAAGCUGUCAGCCAGCACUAGGACGCGGUAUGAAACCCGGGUGCAGACUCGACUCCAGAAUGCCCAUGCCAGAUUACAUCAGAAGAGCAGUGAAAUUGAAAUUUUGGCUGUGGAUCUACCCAAAGACACCAUCUUACAGUUUUUAUCAUUGGAGUGGGAUGCUGAUGAACAGGCAUUUAACACAGCUGUGAAGCAGCUGCUGUUACACUUGCCAAAGCAGAGAUACCUCAAAUUAGUCUGUGAUGAAAUCUAUAACAUCAAAGUAGAAAAAAAGGUGUCUGUGCUAUUCCAGUAUAGCUACAGAGAUGACUACUACAGAAUCUUAUUUUAGUCGUAAAGAAGUGUCAUUACAUCGUUCCAACAGACAAGGACUUAUUCUAUGGAAUGUUGUACAUUCACUGUAAUUUUGAAGGAACUUUAAAUUCUAAGAAGCUGUCCUACAAAGUUGAGCUUUGUCAGUUUUUUGCAUGUGUAAUAUAUUAUAAAUUUAUCUUUUUGAAUAUAGUAAAUGCUUUCGUAUAAAAAAAACCUGUUGUGAUUUUGAUUGAGACUGCAUUAAAAUUAUAAAUCAGUUAGGGGAGAAAUGACAUCUUUCAUUAUAUUAUUGAGUAUUUCAAUCUGGGAAUGUACUAAAUUUUCCCAUUAAUUUAGGGUUUUAAAAAUUUCUUCAAAAAUGUCUGUUAGUUUGCUAUUUAGAAGUAUUGUACCUUUUCACCAUAUUUAUUAUUAGAGAUUUUAUUUCAAAAACUUGUAUUGUAAAUAGUAUUUUCACGGAUAAGAAUCAACAUAAAUCCAGUUCCCAAAAUUUGAAAAUUAAUCACAUCCCCAGUUUUCCACUUCUCAAGCAUAUAUGACACCCCUAGCCACCUGAGCUAGGUCAGAGCUCACAAGUUAAAAGGACACUGUCCUUUAGAGUGCCAGUAGACAGAAGCCAACUGCAAACUCGGGAGUCCACAUGACACCCUUACUUCUGACCUGAUGUUUGCAAAUUUGGGGUUUUCCCACUACCCCUUCAGGAUGCCAGCCACAAAUCUGGGGGCCUUUCCUGGGUUCCCUCCCUUUCACCCAUUCACUGGCUCAGCUACUCCUUUGGCUUCAAUAAUUUGCUGGAACGACUCAUUGAAUUCACAGAAAGUACUAAACGAUUACAUAUUUAUUAUAGCA